AUGCGCACACAGGAUUUCACGAAGACAGAAGCGACUUCACAAUCGAGAAAACUUUCCUCUGGCCUCGUUCUCCACUGGAAGGCCACGAGCGGGCGCAAGAUCAAAGCCGCUGUGGUGGCUUCAGGAGCGGCUGCAGGGGGGUGGUUCGCCGUGGGGUGGUCUCCCAAGGGGAAGAUGGGCGGCAGCAACGCGGUGGCAAUGGAGGAUAGCAAUAACCCUCCUGGCACGUACGAUCUCGAAGGGACGUCUGCCGCGAACGCUGCGUCGUGGACCGUCGGAUCGCCGUCGAUCUCGUCUGCUGGCGGCAAGGUCACGAUGAAGUUUACCAAGAACAAGGGCGAUGGUGCAUCUGUGAAGGUGAAUGCCAACGGCAACAACAACAUUGUGUGGGCGUAUGGAGAUGGCACUGCUGUGUCCUCGCACACCAACCGUGGGAAUGCGGUUGUGAAUUUUGCAUGUGGCUGUCCUCUUUUCAGAAACUGCUGA